GCACGCUCACUGCACCAUUUUUUUUUCCAGGGUGGCAAUCCACUAGUGUCCCCGUUAACAUCUGCACUGAAUAGUGUAGAUUAUUCAGGGCUUAUGGCACCACCUCAGAGGCCUGCACACGUGAUGAUGCGGCAGGUCCAGACAGAUCUCACAAUCAACAAGAUCAAAGAGCUGGAGAGCAAAUCGGCCAUGGACCUGGAAAUGAGGGACAGCCGGAUAGAUGAACUCCAAAGGGGUAGCGAAGAACUGCGGCGGCAAAUUCAGGGACAGCAGAAACAAAUACAAAAACAAGAGGAGCAACUCCUCAAGUGUAUAGAUGUUACAAAGCAACUUCUUAUAGAAAAGUUGGCAAUAGAAAAGAAGCAGUCUCGGCAGAAAUGCAUGCAGAACAGGCUAAGGCUAGGUCAAUUUGUGACACAACGGCAAGGGGCGUCGUUUGUUGAAAACUGGGUAGGCGGCUACGCUUUCAACGAUCUUUUGAG